AAUUGAAAUUCCAAAUAAAUAAAUGUUAUGUGGUGGACGUCCUAUGAAAUGCUAUAUAAAAAGCAUAGAUCACCAAACGUAGCCUAUGUAGCUUAAUCACUGGUGAGACACUAAGAAGUGAGAAUCGCAUGCAUACUGAGCUCAAUCUCCGAUUUUGUAUAUGCACUACCAGAAUGGCUUUUCAAAUAAAAAGGGAUAUUCUACUCCAAAUCUUCUUGUGCCUCAGUAUGUUAAUGACAAGUCAGAGUUCUGAAACUGAUAAUAUUAAGAAUACAUUGGAAGACAAGCCAAACGAUUUCUUUCAAUCUUUCAAAGUUAGUCUUAUUGUUGGUUAUGUUUUUUCACUCUCUUUGUACUGUUAUGCUGUGCAUCAGUCGAAGAAGGAGAAGAAAAACAAUCAUCUAAACAAAGCUAAAGAAUUGGUUAGAUAUAUUUGUUUCAUCACCAGCAGGAGGAAACAAAUGGUAGUUAGUCAGAUGCACAAAUUGAUAAAUUUCCGACAGAUACGCAAAGAACGCAAAGAGAUCUCAGCUUUAUUGGAAAGACUGACCUCAACAAUAUGGUUAGAAGAACUUUCUGCUGCAACUGACAGUUUUGCUAUAGACAAUGCCAUUGGGGUGGGAAAGAUGGGAAUGAUGUAUCAAGGAAACCUACCUAAUGGUCAAUUACUAGCUGUUAAGAGACUAUUAAACUCUCAAUUAUUUAAAAGGCAAUUCCUUUUAGAAGCAACAAUUUUGUGCAAGUACAGACACAAAAAUAUAGUACCCUUAUUUGGGUUCUGCAUUGAAGGAAAUGAUAGGCUUUUGGCAUAUCCGUACAUGUCAAAUGGAAGGCUUUCCAAAUGGUUACAUCCUUUGAAAAGUGAAGUUGUGAGAUUGAAAUGGCCUCAAAGAGCCAACAUUGCACUUGGAAUAGCAAGAGGGUUAUCAUGGCUCCAUGAUUUGCAUACAGUGCAUUUUAAUAUAUGCUCACAAUCUAUAUUGCUUGAUGAGAAUUUUGAACCCAAAAUAUCUAAUUUUGGCGAGGCCAAAUUUAUGAAUCCUAACAUUGAGGAUGAUCUAGGCAUAAUGUUUAAAGUGAAUGAUGGGAAGACGAAGAAAGAUGUGUAUGACUUUGGAAGUGUGCUUUUUGAACUGAUUACAGGGGAAACAUACAAUGAGCUGACUCGUUCAUGCACCAGAACUAAUAUAUGUGGUGACCCUUCAAAUUUCUAUAAUGCCAUUGAUAAAUCUCUAACUGGGGAAGGAUUUGAAAAUGAAGUUUGUGCUCUUCUAAAGAUUGCUUGUGAGUGUGUUAAGCCUUUACCAGAUCAAAGACCAACAAUGCUAGAAGUUUACAACAAUAUAAGCAAUGUAAAGAAGGGGCGACAUGGCUAUAGUGAUGAUUUUGACGCAUUAAGGGGAUCAUCGGAAAUUGUUUCGUCUAAUUCUACAAACGAAAUUAUCGAGUUAUAAAUAAUUAGAUAAGUUUUUUUUUUGUUGGUCUUAACACCAAGUUCUCAAGGGAAAGUUUGUUCAGAGUCAUGUAAAGUCUGACAAAUGAUUUUUCUAGUUAGGAUUUAAACUCGAGUUCUUUUGAACAAAUCGUCCUUAGCUAAGGAUAUCAUAAUGCAUCCAUAGGUUUUGUUAUGUUGGAAACAUAAUGUUACUCUA